AUGUCGUCGUCUUCUUCUGCUUCACUAAAACAUUUUUCGACGUACAAUAUUCAUUAUUUACGUAUUUCCGCUAAACAAGUUCUUCCUUUAAUUCUUUAUAUAAAACCCGAUAAUAUUAAUUGGUUUAAUGAUAUUAUAUUUCAAUGUAUCGCGGAAGUUAGUAUAAUUGAUAUUUUAAUGAAUUCUUUAAUGAAUUCUUUAAUGAGUUCUUUAAUGACUAAUUUUCAAAUGGCUUAUUAUUUUAAACCCACUGAUACAAGACAUUCCAUCUUGGUAAAGAUUACAUAUGAAGGAUUCGCAAUAUUUCGAAAAAGUUUGGUGGUUAUAGUUGAACCUUUAUGUGAAAUAGUUGAAUUUGGUAAUAAUGUUCGAACUGUAUCUUACAUGUCUAUUGAUGAUUACUUUGCUAUUGAUGAAGAAGAAGAAAAUUGUUUUCACAAAGCUUACGUUUCAAAAACCAUUGAAGAAAUGAUGCAGCGAGAAAAUUUAUUUAAAACUUUGGAACUUUUAACUGAAAGGAUCCAAUCAUUAUGGGAACCAUUGUGGGAACCAUCAGGUGGUGGUGAUUCGUCAACCAAUUUAUCAGAUCAGUGGGCGUGGACUAAUUGGUCAAGUUUAAAAUUAGUUCUUGCAAUGGUAUAUAUUGAACGAUUGCGUAAGGCUAAUCCAUGUUUCCAUGGCGAACAAGGAUGUUCACAUCGCGUAUUUUUCAUCGCAUUCGUUAUAGCUUCAAAAUAUGUGGACGCAAGUUUUUCAAAAAGUUGUUCGGAAGCAAGAAGGGAAAGAAGGAUGGACGAAUGGCGUUCAGAAGAUAAUGAAGCACAUACAUUAUUAUUGAUUCCUCAUAACAAUUCAUAUUAUUGGUCAAAUAUAACUAAUCACGUAUUUACACCUAAUGAAAUUACACGUAUGGAAAUUGAUUUUCUUUACAUGUUGAAAUUUAAUUUACUAGUAAAAAAAGAAGAUAUAAUAGAAUGUUGGCAAAGAUGUAUGAAUAAUUGUCAAAUCGUUCCUGCGGGAUAUGGAAAUAAUUUUAGUUUAAAAGAUUUUAAAAAUUUUAGUAAUAAUAGAUUAAAUACUACAAUAUAUGAUUUCGAUAAUAAUCAUUUUGGAGGAUUUAUUAUUGGGGGUGAAGUAAUUAAUUAUGGAGAUGGAAUUAAAGAAUGA